AUGCCUGGCUCCCAGCUUAAGAGGCUAAAGGCCUCUUUAAGAGAACAAGGCGUGAUUGGCCCACAACAAAGCAAAAAACAGAGGCGAAAGGCUGCGCAGAAUGGAAAAGUUAACACAAAUAAACGGGCUGCCGCCCUAGAAAAUAUCCGAGACGAGUUUAACCCUUUUGAUUUCAAGCACAACGCUCGAGGCCCAAAAUUCCAAGUAACCAGCAAUCGCCCGACGUUAGGAGAUGCAGCUAAAGGGAUUACGGGACGUCCAGGCGACGCGAAAGCCGUGGGCGAAGAGAGACGGCGGCAAACACUCCUAGUGGAGAUGAAUCGAAGGAACAAGACCGGCGGCAUACGCGACCAACGUUUUGGUGAAAACGACGCCUCGAUGACUUACGAGGAGAAAAUGGCCCAGCGUUUCAUGAGGGAGAAACAAACCCACCACAAAGCCUCCAUAUUUGAUCUUGAAGAUGACGAGCCUAUGGAUGGACUAACCCAUAUGGGCAAAUCUCUAUCUUUUCCCGAUAAAGACGAUUUUGAAGAAUUAGAUCUCCUCGACAUCCAGGAGAGUGAUUCUGACAAAGAUUCAACUGCCGAUUCGCGCGGCCUAAAGCGAAUUCGAGAGUCAGAAGAUGUAGAAGAGCAGGGUGGCCCAAGUGUCGAAGGAGAACCAGAAAGGAAAAAAACGAAACAAGAGAUAUAUAAGGAAAUUAUUGCAAAGUCUAAACUGCACAAAGCCGAGAGACAAGCACAGAAAGACGCCGACGAGGAUCUGAGAGAAGAGCUCGACAAAGAGCUUUCUGGUAUCCAAGCUCUUCUGUUUCAGAAACCUAAAUCGAUUAGCGGUGAACACGAUGAAACACUUACCAAACCAGACGAAUCUGGUAGAGAAAAAAUGGAGCGCGACUACGAUAUGCGGUUACGACAACUCGCUAUGGAUAGGAGAGCGAAACCUUCAGACAGGACACUAACAGAAGAAGAGAUUGCUCAACGAGAUGUUGAAAAACUGAAAGAAGUAGAAGAUAAGCGGCAAAAAAGAAUGCGAGGCGAGCUCAGUGAUGGCGAGGAUGAAGAAGAAGAAAAAGACGUUCGUGAUACUCAGUCAAAUGCAACUAAACCAACUUGGCAGGACGAAGAUGAGGAGGAAGAUUUCAGGCUUGGCUCUGGAAUCCGCACUCGGCCUACCGCGACAGAGCUUGGCUUUGAUGACGAAGACGAUUUCAUUGUAGAAGAUGAUUUGCUGGCAAGUGGAUCAGACUUGGAGCCCAUUGAAUCUGAAGAUGAGGAUUCAUCUGUGGAAGAGGACGAGGAUGAUGAAGAAGACGAAUUUACGAAAGGUCUUCUUAAUGAGACGGAAUCCCAGGAUCCAGCUUUAUCGAAAGAAUCCAAUAAUUCGAAGAAUCCACCGAAUAAAAUUAACAACUGUCCCGAAACCCUGGAACAGCUUUUGGAUAUAUCGCGUGCUCUGUCGCCAGAGCAGAUUCCGAUACUUAUCCAGAAGAUCCGCAUAUUGUACCACCCGAAACUGGCCAGCGAAAAUAAAACAAGACUAGCGGCCUUCUCUCGUGUGCUUGUUCAGUAUCUUUUUCAUCUAUCAAAUACAGCAAGUCCCUUGCUGUGGGCAUCUCUUGAGAGUAUAAUACGGCAUCUCCAUUCACUCGCAAAGUCAUUCCCUGUCGAUAUUUCAGAAGGAUUUCGCUCUCAAAUAAACAACUUUGCAACCAGAUGCCUUAGUCCUACUCUAGGAGACAUGGUGAUCCUCGUGGCUGUUGGAACAAUUUUCCCGCCCAGUGACGCUUUUCAUCCCGUCAUCACGCCCGCAAUGUUACUAAUCACCCGGUACUUGGGCCAGAAGAUACCUAAGACUACCACAGACUUUGUCCAGGGGGUUUUUAUGGGUUCUCUAGUGCUGCAAUAUCAGAAACUAUCACAGAGAUAUUGUCCAGAAUUCAUGAACUUUUCUCUUAAUACAUUGGCCUCUCUUGCGCCGUCUCAAGCAAUAAAAAGGAAAGGCAACUUUCCUCAACAUGAACCUGUUUCAGGCAUGCGCAUUGCAGGCGCCAGUAAGAUCGGGGUUCGGAAACUCAAAGCCACAGACUGCGUAACGGAACCUACCUCAGAGCAGCUAGGUUUAUCAAUAAGGGUCGCCACCUUGGAUACGACUAUCCAAUUGCUAGAUACAGCUACACAAUUGUACGCCAACAAGCCUGCGUUCAUUGAAACAUUCGAACCAGUCCUCUUCACGCUUCGUCAUCUGACAAAAAGUUCAUGCAAACCACACCUCCCCAUGGUCUUGAUUGAUCGCGUUGUGAGGCUACAAACAAAACUUCAAACUAUGCUUGCCAUAUCUCAACUAGCUCGACGGCCACUCGAACUGCAUCAUCAUCGUCCCCUAGCUAUUAAGUCAGCAGUUCCCAAGUUCGAAGAUCAAUUUGAUCCUGACAGGCAUUAUGACGCCGACAAGGACCGAGCCGAGUUGGCCAAGCUUAAGGCAGAGCAUAAGAAAGAGCGCAAGGGUGCCAUGCGGGAGCUACGGAAAGACGCCAACUUUAUGGCUCGUGAGAAGCUUAGAAUGAAGAAGCAGAAGGAUGCUGCAUAUGAAAAGAAAUACAAGAGGCUUGUAGCCGAGAUUCAGGGAGAGGAGGGACGAGAAGCAAACGCCUAUGAACGAGAAAAGCAGGCAAGGAAGCGAGCAGCGAAGAGAUAAGGCUAACUUUCACCGCAUAUGCAUCCCUUCGCGAACAUUAGCCUAUCAUAUUUUUAUGAAUCUUGCUAGACUGCCUGAAAAAGGUACCACAAAUAAAUAUAUAAUCAAUAUUCCCAAUGUUCAGAAUUAAGAAGGGGUGAACUAGUCACUAAUACCAUUUUCCCGUCUUAUUUUAAUAUCCACGGUUAGAGGGACGUAAGACGCAUAUCUGUAGAGAUAUUAGCCUUAAAUAAUCGGCAUAGGUAUCAAUCUCAGACGCACUCUUCGUAAACCCCUGUAUCAGAGGUAUUU